AUGCCUCAACCUGCAGUCGAGAGUAAGGCGGCAUCUGCUGCUAUUCAGCAGAGUGAUAACAUCGCACACGCGCUGGCAGCUGCCGCUAACCCCCAUACCCACUCCAGAUACCCUCUGAUCACUUUAUCGACAAGAGCCCAAGUUGAGUCGAAGCGUGCGCACUCGACCACCCUCGAUGCCGUACGCCGCAUUGUACAGAGAGAAGGUAUCUCGGGUUUAUAUUCCGGUCUGGAAUCAGCCUUGUUUGGAAUCAGCGUCACCAAUUUUGUGUAUUACUAUUGGUAUGAAUUCACGCGUUCGGCCUUUGAGAAGGCCGCCAUCCAGGGAGGCCGAGCCUCGAAAAAGCUCACGACGGUGGAGUCUAUGAUUGCGGGCGCCAUUGCAGGGAGCGCCACAGUGCUGAUCACCAACCCGAUCUGGGUCAUCAACACUCGCAUGACUGCCCGCAAGUCUGAGGCGGAGGAAACAUUGCCUGGUGCCAAGAAAACAAAGGCAUCCACCCUCAGCACCCUAAUGGACCUGCUCCGGCAGGAGGGCCCCAAGGCCCUAUUUGCCGGCGUCCUCCCGGCGUUGAUUCUGGUGAUCAACCCAAUUCUGCAAUACACUAUUUUCGAGCAAUUGAAAAACGUGGUGGAGCGCCGCCGGCGUAUGACGCCGAAGGAUGCGUUCUACUUGGGCGCACUAGGAAAAAUCAUGGCCACCAGCCUCACAUACCCAUAUAUCACCAUCAAGAGCCGAGCUCAUGUGGCCAGUCGGGAUGGCCCCAAGGAGAGCUUGAACGGAAGUCUGAAGAGGAUUAUUCGGGAAGAAGGCUGGAAGGGGCUCUACAAGGGUAUUGGACCCAAGGUCACCCAGAGCGCCAUCACUGCUGCAUUCCUUUUCGCGUUCAAGGAUGUGCUGUAUGAUAUGAUGGUGUCUGCCCGUAGAAAGGGUCGCAUUGCUAAAUAGACAGGACAUGUUUUCAAGGCUACC